UGAAUAGAAAUUCGUUAGCUUGACGUAUCCUAUGUCUCUCAUUCUCUGUUUCAUCUUUCAGUAGUCGGACGUUUGUUGAUAGAGCGACCUUGUCGUUGUCGUCGGCUAUUUUCGUCUGUCUCCGUUUGUUUUCUGCCUGCUGAAUGGUCUGACGUAGUAGCAUAGCUGCCUGACGGUGUGAUGUUGUUGUAGAUGUUAAGUUAACAUGACAAUAUGCCAUACAACAUACACACAGUGGGGCUUGUGUAUUCGCACUUAGUAGGUCUAUGUGUUGUUAGUCUUUUCUGUGAUUGUAUGCGAGCAUGGAGGUCACUAGACGGAUUUACAGAUGAAAAUUGGUGUUGCAGGUGGUUACUCUGUAGGAAUUGUAAACAACACAGCACGUUUUUAUGGCUAAUAAUAAGUUACCGAUAGCGGUCCUUCUCUCUUUGUGUGUUGCCUCCUACACGGCUGUUGUUGUCACCGAAAAAACGGACGAGCAACGGGUUGUUGUUGUCGUCGAUGCUCUGAGAGAGUUGCACAAGUUGUUGGAUGAUGACAAGAGUGGAUGCAUUGAUUCAAGUGAAUCGAAGGAUUUCUUGCGUGUGGAACUUCAAUAUGAAGAAUCGGAUGAUGACAAAGAGAAAUAUUUUCAUGCUGAUGGGGAUGACUUGUCCAUCACAGUUGAUGAUCUCUACAGGGCAUGGCUGAGCAACCCUGUUCGUAACUGGACAAAUUUAGAUAUUUUGACCUGGCUGAAAGAGGUUGUACAGUUGCCACAGUAUGAGCAGGCAUUUGUGGAGCAAAAUAUCACAGGAGAUGUGUUGCCAGUAUUGGCUAGUCAAAGUGGGCAGUUUAUGCAGAGAAAGUUGGGCAUCGUCAGCGUUCAACACAGAAAGAAGCUAGAGCUAAGAGCCACCGAUGUUGUACUGUUUGGACCAGUUUCUCUAGGAAAUGAUUCUAGUCUAUUGAAAGACGUCGUCGUGUUCAUAUCUUUGACGACGACCACACUCUUGAUGUGUUAUGCAUACAAGGUGAGACAGAAGGCUCAACAGCAGGUAGCAAAGAUGAUGACUGAUGUGGAGUCACUUCAACAAGCAGAGAGAGAACUGAAAAGUCUUCAAGAGCGAAUUAGUGGCAGUAAUGAAGUUGAUUUUGAAAGCUAUGAUAAGGAGACGUUAACAGUAAGUCGAGAAGAGCAGCAGGAAGAGAUACAAAGAUUGCGAUUUGCUGAAGAAGAGUUAGAAGAAGUUCGUGCUGCUCUGUUGGAAGCUCAACACGAAUUGGCACAGAGGAGCUACACUAUUAGUUCAGAGCUACGUCAGCUAUUGCAUCAAACCUAUAAAAGAGAGAAGAAAUAUUAUGACAUGAUGAAGAAACAGGUUCUCAAAGAGUUCGAAGCUGCAAAAGAUCAGUGUGAGAGAAUCAACAAAAAGAGAUCUUCGUUGCUUGGUUCUUUGAGGUUAGCCCAUGGCAGUCACUUUACUGAUAUUGAUGGAAGAAUUGCCGAAGCGAGGUCGUCUUUAAUUACAUUGACAAAUGAUUUGCAAGAGCAACAGUCAAGAUGGAAGCAGAUUGAGAUAUUGUGUGGACAGAAACUGAAUUCGUCACUUGUUUCUCCUGUGACCUUGGAACCUGUCCGAGAACACGAGGUGAUGUCAGCAGUAGGAGAACAAGCUAGAAAUGGCUGGAUAUUAUCAUCUGUUGCUGGAUCUGGCUCUGACUCUGUGAGUGUCUGCAGCUUGUCGACUCGCUCCAGUAUCCCUGGAACAGAUGGAGAUGGACUUUGGCAACUUGGCUUUCCACGGUUAAAGAAUAGGAGCAAUUCAGAAACUGGUACGAGUGCAACAUUUAGACAGCAAAAAGUUCCUGGAAACAAGAGAGACCAGCUGUCUUUUGCAUUAAAUGAUGACAAACAAGCAACAGGAAGCGUUUCAUCGUGUAGUUCAACUGCAUCGCUUCCUUCUUUAUGUGUGUUCUCACAGAAGGGCUGUGAAUCAUCACUACGGCAGCAGCAACGACAAAUGGUACCUUUAUCUGUAGUCGGGAGACAAAAGUCUGAUCCUUCAUUGAGGGCGUCUGAUGAACGUGAAGAAAGUGAUCUGCUCAAUUUCUAUCAAAACAAGAAAAGUUAUGUUGCAGAUUACAACUCUUUAGCUUGUGCUAUUGUUCCUCAACCUGAGAGAGAACUGGCCAAUACCAAUAUCUCCGGUAGUAGAGACAACAGUUCGUUAGACGUUUAUGAAGAAGGGGUAAUGGGAGGGAACGUUAGUGACUCAGAAGUGAUGAAUUGUGGUGGCAAAAAGAAACGCAAACGAUUUUGGUCGAUUAAGGUGGCCAAGAAUCCAAAUUUGUAGUUGAAUGAGGAACUAGGUAUGUCUAGAGCAUAGUGCUGUAUGUACACAUGAUUACUUUAAGUACAUGAAAAAUUUCAGAAUUGAAGGGUCGUUCAUUGA